AUGGGCAAAACAGUUUCGGUUUUGCGCACGUGGGAUGGCCUGUUUGGCCCUUGGGGUAUGGGCCAAUCGGUUUCGGGCUGGGGGGCCACAUCUCUUGCCGUUAGGCGGGUGUGUAAACAGGACAAGGCCAUACAGACGGACCGGGAGAACUCCGAUUGGAGAGUAAUGGGGCAAGUGUGGUGGGAAUUCUGCCCACGCGAUGAGCCCGAGGCGGACGGGUUGCGGGACCGGGACACGGCUGGUACAGAGCCGGGACCGGGACCAGGACCAGGACUAGCCGGACGAGGGAAAAAACAAACAAACACAACGAAUACAGUGUCGGAUAGUUUCUUCGUCCAUUGCGCCCUCUCAGAGCGAACGCCAGAAGAUGUUGAUUCUACCAAUCGUCCUUGUCCCUUUCACGGCACCUGUACCCUUGGCCUGACUUCCAGAGCCAUUCUGGCAUCAGUGGACACUCAUGUACCGGCCGUCAUGAGACGGCCAACACAUGAGAACAGGAUUCUAAACCGCCUGACAGCUGUUCUGUACAACUCAACUGUCUGA